CAUUGAUCGACAUCUCACUUUUGAACCUCACUACACCGAAUCUCCUAGAUCACCCUCCGACCUUCUUCUCCAUCAACAUGAAGUACGUCAGACUUGGCGAAAGCGGUCUUCGCAUCUCUCCAAUUGGAGUUGGAUGUAUGAGCUACGGCAACCCCGAAGGCCGCUACAAGUGGGCUCUUGGAGAAGCAGAAGCCCUCCCCAUUCUACAACAUUGCUACAAGUCCGGCCUCAACUUCUUCGACACCGCGAAUGGAUAUUCCAACGGCGACUCUGAAGUCAUCCUCGGCAAAGCCAUCAAGCAAAACAACUGGAACCGCCAUGCCGUUGUCAUUGCAACAAAGGUGUGGGCUCCUAUAGGCUUUGGUCUCGAAGAGCCUCUGUCGAUGUCUGAGGAGGAGAGAAAUGAUAAGGGUUAUGUCAACCAGUAUGGUCUCUCGAGAAAACACAUCUUUGAGAGCGUGGAGAACAGUUUGAAGAGAUUGGAUCUGGACUACGUCGACCUGUUGCAGAUCCAUCGUUUUGAUCCCAACACACCUGUCAAAGAGACAAUGGAGGCUCUCCAUGACCUCCUCAAGUCUGGAAAGGUCAGAUACAUUGGAGCUUCCUCUAUGCGCGCCCAUCAAUUGCUGGAGUACCAGUACACUGCUCGCGCAAACGGUUGGACCGAAUUCAUCUCCAUGCAAAACUUGUACAAUGCUAUCUAUCGCGAGGAAGAGAGAGAGAUGUAUCCUUCGUGUCAGAAGUUCGGUAUGGGAGGCAUUCCCUGGAGCCCCGUCGCCAUGGGCUUCCUGACUCGUCCUUGGAAGUCCUUCGGCGAAAGCACCAGAGGAAGUGGUCAAGGCCAAGGUUUCCUGGGACAACCCAUGACUGAUGCCGACAAGAAGAUCAACGAGAAGAUUGAAGAAAUUGCAAAAGCUAGAAGUGUUUCAAUGGCUGUCAUUGCUAUUGCAUACGCCUUGGCCAAGCCGUUCAUCAGUGCUCCGAUUCUGGGAUUGAGCUCUGUCAAGAGAGUUGAUGAGGCGAUUCAGGCUUCGACUUUCGAGCUGUCUGCUGAGGAGAUCAAGAGUAUUGAUGAUUUGUAUGUUCCUAGAAACAUCAUUGGGCAUGCGUAGAAUAGAUUUGCGAGA